UACCUACAGGUCGUGGAAACAUAUAAUUGUAUUUUGAAAAUAGAUUCGAGUGGGAAAUUCCGCGAAGCCGACAGGCUGGAGAUUCAGCCAAAAUAAUGUGUAGACCAAUCACAACGCGUAUAAUAUUAGACUUUAUUUACGUCACAUAUUUACAAAUCUAAGGUCAACGUGUUAUGGCGUACAUAUUUCAUCGUCAAACUCAUUUCAACUUGUAGAAAUAAUUUUUGGAAAAUGGUAGAAUUCGCAUCGAUCAAGAAGGAAAAUUCAUUCCCACUUGUUUGAGGCAAACCAGGGAUACCGCUUAACAGGCAAACACACGCAAUGGAUGAAGAAAUGGUGCCAGAUUUGCAAAAACUACAACCUGUUCAGACGUUAGUUUUCAUGGAUUUUGAAGCAACGGGACUUCCCCAAGAUAAACCUCAAAUUACUGAACUUUGUCUGAUCGCCGUGCAGAGGAGCGAAUUGAUGUCUUCAGAUGGGAAUCCACGAGUUCUGAACAAACUGCAGUUAUGUGUUAAUCCGAGGAAACCAAUAUCGGCGAAAGUUAGCGAGUUAACAGGUUUGUACAAUGACCAUCUAGAUAUAAUGCCACCUUUUGACCACCAUUUAGUUCACCUAUUCAACCAAUUCCUGGACCGUCUGCCACAACCAGUUUGCUUACUGGCUCAUAAUGGCUACGGAUAUGACUUUCCUCUGCUGAGAACACAACUUCUGGAAAUUGAAAUGGAGUUAAAUGAAAAAGUUCUAUGUUGCGAUUCUUUGAUGGCCUUUCGAUAUUUAGACGGUGCAGACACGCUAGACAGUCAUUUACCAUAUUUGACAAUGAAGAGAGAAAUCAAUCCUAAAACGCAUUAUCCGGUUGUUUGUAUGGAUUUCGAUAGUCGACCCGGUCCAAGUCAAAGACAAAAUGGCGAUCACAUUGAUCCGGUUUUAUCUAAUGAACGCACGAACCGUCAUCAAGAACAAAUUCAAAUUGACGAAAAUUGUAAUUUAAGUGCCGACAUUAUUACAAAUCAAAAUAUUCCCAAUCAUGUGAAUGAUGAUGACAAUGAUGAAACAGUAGAAUCGUUUAAUUCUACGCCUCCGGAUGAGGAAGAGAAAAAUAAUGUCGGUGAAAAUAUAGCAGAGAUGUCGCCACCGCAUCUAGAAGAGGAACACGCACUAGCUAAUAACGGUUCCCCUGGAAAUCCCGACGAUGAAGUUGACAUUAAUCUCGAUCCACUACAUUUUAAAUUUGCUAAUGAAAGAACACCUCCGAAUAAACCGCCGGUAAUCAACCCAGUGCCUCGUAAAAUUAUCGCUCCGCAGCCCAGAUCACACGAUGAUAUAAGCUUAGGCAAUACUAAAAGGCAGCUUAAUUUCGAAAUCCAAGAACCCAAACACACAGCGCCAAACUCGAUGUGUUACGAUUCAAACGAAAGAUCAGCUCCAGUAUUUGGAAACACCAAAAGGCAGUUAAGUUUUGAAAUGGAUUCAUCCAACAAUCAAAUGGAAAGCGAAAGUGGUGUUUCUUGCAAUAAUGGAAAAAGAUCGAAUAAAGACUCACCAGACUCGAUCGCAAAGAGACUUUGUGCAAAUAAAGAAAGUCACAAUUCACCUGCGCACAAUUUAUACGAACCUUUACAUAUCGACACAAAUACUGGAAAUGCGGAAAGUUUCCCCCAGAGCAGUCUAGAAGACGAUGACCUUUUAUGUGCCGUGGAAAAUACCGAAAAUAACAUUGACAAGGUCAAAAAUAAAUCGUCUGUUUCUAACCAGAAAUGUAGUGUAAGGUUAAAUAAAAAUGUGCCUAAUCCUUCCAUUAAAUGCGUGGUCGAGGGAGAACCGGGGCCGUCUUCGACUUCCAGAUACAGUUCUAGUCUUGUUCAACAAAUUAAAAUUACGUCUGGGCAAAAUUUAAACAGCACACGCAAAGAAACGCCUUCUAAGGUAUCAUAUAGUUUACCUAAAUUAUAUUUAAGAAUUUUUGAUGAAACGCCGAUUGCAUCCCACUCGGCUGAAGACGAUUGCGUGACACUAAUGAGACUGGUCAAAAAUGCGUCUCCAAGAUUUAUACAAUGGGUCGAUUCGUUUUCUAUUCCGUUUUCUCAUAUAAAACCUAUGUACUAGAUUUUGAUACGCAUUUAUUUUUAAUUAAAUUAUUUUUUUUAUAUAUUAUAGUUCUGUGGGUUAUUUUCACCCUAAAGACGCGUUAUGUAAGAGCUUAAGAGCUAAUUCUUCCUAUCUUUCUUCUGGUUCCAAAUGUUAUAAAUUAUUAAAGAUACAUUAUGGGAGAUAAGAUAUAGAGAUGACAGUUCUCGCUAUAAUAGUUAACAACUAGAUAGUGUAAAGGUAAUUUGCUGAAAAUUUCAGUCAAAUUGAUCCACUAUGAGCCGAGAAAGAAGCGGGUGAAAUUUUUGCAUAGUCUCGGUCAUCAUUACUAAAACCAUUAAUAUAAACAGCAGUCUCGAUUAUCCACUUUUUCUGAUUUAAUUAUCUUUGGCCGUUAGCGGCAUAUAUGAAUCUAAUCCAGCCUACAUCGAAGGCUAGCCUUGACAUCGAGAGUUUAUUAUGGUCUGGAUAAGUUAAUUAAUGUCUAAUUGAUAAUUUAGAUAACAUUUCAGGCCUAAAGAAAGACUUGUAAUAAGCAGAUUUUGCUCUUGCAUAAUGCAUGUUUAAUUAGACAUUUAUCCACAAAACAAGCCUAUAAUCAACUCUAUAGAUCAUCGGAUGAUUGGUAUUUUGAACGGGCUGACAGGCGGUCUCCAUUUAAUAGUUUAAUUUAAAAAUGGAUAAUCGAGACGUUGUUUAUUAUCGUAACAACGGUAGCAAUGAAAAUCGAGACUACACUAUUCUUCAAAUAGCCAUAACUUCGCCCAUCGGAAUGAAUUAAUUUGACUGAAAUUUUCAAUACAUAUUCAAUUUUCAUCAAUCAUCAUCUGUUAUUAAACUAUUAUAGCCGACAUAUUAGCUCUUUAUCGAAAUCUUAUAUAAUGCAUCUUUGAAAUUUUAUAUAAAAAAAGCUUAGAUACGGGGCGGACAUGUUUUUGCACCUUAAAAUUUUGUAUAAAAAUACAUGUAUAUAUAAAAAUAAGCUUUGAUAUAAAGGGGUGGGCAUUUGUAUUUUUAUCUUAAACUUUUGUAUAAAAAUAAACUUAGAUAAGAGGCGGACAUUUGUAUUUUUCACCAUAAAAUUUUGUAUAAAAAUAAGCUUUGAUAAGGGGCAUUUGUAUUUGUAUCUUAAAAUUUUGUCUAAAAGUAAGAAUAAUCUUAGUCAAGCAAGAUGGGCCUGACAUUGUAUUUUUGUGCAAUUUGUGGAAUAUUCGUUGGAAUGGUUUCGACAAUUGUCAUUAAAGCCCACUGUUAAUGAAUAUACAUGUGCAAAUGAAUCAUGAAAACAAUUUGAAACAAAUUCGGAUAAGAAUUCUAUGACAAAUUAAUGAUCUGUAAUGUAUAACGCCAGUGCAAGUAGAGGUGCAUUUUCGCUUUUUUAGCUUAAUUUCAGAUUUAGCCUUUUCUUAGAUAAUUUAUAUAUAAUGCAGGUGGGAGCUUUGUUAUUGGGAAAGCUUUGUUACAUGUUUGUUGUCGAAAUUUUGUUAUAUGCAAUAUAAUUUAUAAGGAAAGGGUAACCGUUAGGCACAUUAACACAUGUUAUUAAUUAAGAAAAGUAAUACUAGUUGAUAUUGUUAUGGUUAUGUGGAAAGUAGUCCUUUAAGAAAAGUAAUACUAGUUAAUAUUGUUAUGGUUAUGUGGAAAGUAGUCCUUUAAGAAAAGUAAUACUAGUUGAUAUUGUUAUGGUUAUGUGGAAAGUAGUCCUGACUAUUUUUCGCAGCUGUUGUUUUGAUUUAUUAAGUAGAAUAUUUAAAAAAAAAAUAAUAAUAAGAAUGUUAUGUCUUCCGAAGUAUUUUUCUAUAUGUAUAUUUUAUAUUAUUAAUAUUUAUUUAGCAUGUUAUAUAGUAUUUUAAUAUUUUGCCUUAUACACUGUUAGAAUUAUUAUGUAUUUUUACUCUUUUAAGCUGGCAGAAAUGUUGCCAUCAUUAUCACUGUAUUUUAACAUUGCAUGUUAUUUCACAGUCUGUAAUGUAACUUUACCUUAUCUAUUAUACAUCCAAGGUAAAUUUGCAUAUCUGUAAAUGGAGUACAUGUAUAAUUACCACGAAAUUAAUUUACAUAAAUGGUAAUUUAAGAAAACAUUGUAAAAAAAAACCCAAACAAACCAUGCUGUGUAAUUUGAUAAGAGUUUUUCUAAUUAUAUCUCGUGACAAAUUGCAAUAUUUCUGCAAGUAAAUUUACUAUUCUAGUGUAGAUGUAAAUGUUAUGUAAUUUGACGAGGUAAAAUUAUUAAGGGGAAUGACUUUCCCCACUUGGCUAAUUAGUCCUAGCUCGAUCCUGGCGAACACAGAAAGUUUUUGGGACCUUUCAGUCGAGCAUAUAAAACAACAUUAGAUAAUGGAAAGGGUAGGUGGGAUGAAACUGCCCAAGCAAAAUGUCCAACAAUACACAUUGGGUCAAUUCAAGUUGUGUUGUAGUGGUGUAUAACUGGUGUUCUUUUUAGUGCCUUAACUUGAGCCCCUAGAUUUAGCACUAGUGUUACACCAGUGUUUAAACUAGUUUAAUACAAGUGUUCACACCGAUGGAAUAUAAAAAUAAAAAAAUAACCUAUAGCACUAGUGUUAUAUAUAAAAAAAAAGUUAAGUAACUAGGAUCUAUGUUGUAUUUUUGUUGUCUAAUUCAAUCAGUAUUCAGUUGAAAUUUCCUAUCUGAAAUUUCGCAUAAUUCAACAGGUCUGCGAUCAACAUUUAUUUGUCUUACUUUUUGACCAUAUAUGGGUAAAAAAAUAAUUUUUAGCCAUAAAACUAAAUCUAAAAGCCUUACAAGAAAUUCCCUUUUAGCCGUCUGCUGUUUGAUACCAGCGUUGUCAUAAAUGACUUAACCUAGGGGUUAGUGUUAGAGUUAUUUUUAAAAUAACAGCAGAUGGCAAGAAGGGAAUUUCUUUUAAGGUUUUUAUCUAUAUAUGGCCAAAACGUAAGACACAUAAAUGUUGAUCGCAGACCUGCUAAUUUACGAGAAAUUUUAGGAAAUUUCGACUGAAUAAUGGUCAAAUGGGACUACAAAAAUUCAACAUAGAUCCUAGUUACUUAACUUCCUGGAAGCGGUUAGUUUUCCCCAAUUACCUUUCUUUUGGUGUUUUUUUUUAGUUGGCCAGCCCAUGCAAAGAAUUUAAUGCGUAAGUGUAACAUUUAAAAAUAACACUAGUCUUAUAGGUUUUUUUUAUUUUCCACCAGUGUUAACACUGGUAUUAAACUAGUUUAGACACUGGUGUAAACACUAGUGCUAAAUCGAGAGGCUCAGGUUAAGGCACUAAAAAGAACACCAGUUAUACACCACUACAACACAUCCUUAACACAAGUGUAACCCGGGACUUGAAUUGACUCAGUGAUCUAACUGGUGUUAAAUACUACACCACCUUAACCCAGGACUUGAAUUGAACCGAUAUGUAUUUUUGUUAUACUUAUAACUGUAAAAUAUAUAUAUAUAUAUAUAUAAUUUUAACAGUGAGUGAUAGCUAACCAGAAACUCUUGAUUCAACAAACUCGCCUAUUCCCAUUUUGUUGCGAUGCACAAUAUGAGUGACAAUAAAGGAGUGUUUGAAUGACCAGCAAAAUCAACCUCUUAUUUCGUAUUCGUAGCACCAACAGUUGUCAGCCUAAAAUUGAACAGUUUUAUUACUGCUUUGCAACACACUAGAAAUAAAAACUGAUUGGUUAAAUUAAAUUUAGAGCACCUUUAGGGCUAACUUAAUUUCUCAAUUAGGAUUGGUCGAUACCAGGCAUACGAUUUGGAACAAUUCAGCCAAAUCACAGUAGGGCAAUUAAUCAGGCGCUAAAUUUCAAAUUUGAUGUAGAAUUUAAACCGAAUUUACACGUAUGAUUCCAAUUAGCUUAAGUCAACCCAUGUUGCAAUAAAUUUAAAAAUUUCAUUUUGGAGUAUUUGUUCACGUAUUCAUAUUUUCAUCUUCGAUUCCAAUUCUGACUUCAUGCAUCAAUAAAAUUAGCAAAAAACAAAGAAAUACAAACCAGGAUUCGAAUUGGCCCCGAUUCGUUUCAACUACCACACUGAUCAGCAGUGAAUAUUCUCUAGGCCGCAACAUCGAUGCGACUUAAUGAACCACAAAUAUUAACUUUUUCCCCCGACAAAUUAAAUUCUAAAACAUUUUUUUUUAUGUAUUAGAAAAAAAAAUAAAGAUUUUUGAAGUAUUUGUAGGUAAAAAUUAUUUCCUAUUUUAGUGUAAAUGGGUAUUAAAACGAGUAAAAGGGACCAUUCUGCUAGAAUCAGUAAUGUCUUAUGUAAACAAUGCAAGCGCUAUUGAGCCAAUGAUUGACGUCGCGUGAUGUGACGUCAUGUGUUGAAGGCAGUCAUCUUUUACAGAUAUAUUAGAAAACUUUCGUAAUACUCUGUGAAACAGAUUGUUCAACUACAAGCAGGCUAUUCUUGAAUGAAAAAUCUGGAUUCAUCAUUCGAACACACCUUAAAGAGUGGAUUACUUGAGAUGUUAAUUGUAGUAGGGUGUAGAAAAGCACCAAUUUUUAGAUUUUGUUAUGCAUAUUUUAUCUACCGUUGUUAUAUAUAUAUAUAUAUAUAUAUAUAUAUAAAUACAUAUUAUUAUAUAUUUUAAGUUAGACCUUAAUGUUAUUAACUUCUUGAAGUUUUGUUAUGUGCGUAGUUAACUUUUCCAUAGAAAAUACAUAGAUCGAUUUUAAAAUCCGCCAAAGGGCCACAUUAGCCCAAAAUUAACUGGACAUGCUCACUACCCAUGGCUUAAAACGGUCCACAAAAUCUGUGUGUACUGCGCGUUUGGUGUCUGUUUGCGCCGUUCUUUAUUUGACGUCAAAAACAUUAUAUCGCGAUCGUCCAGUUACCCUUUGAUAUUAUGUUGUUUUAUGCCACGGGUAGUGAUGAUAUCUAUGUUACGCCGCUAUUGUAACACCAAUUCUAGGAGUGAGUGUGAAGUAAGCCUCUUACAACAGAUUGUCCAGUUUAUUGUCAGUGUUCCAAGAGUAAUGGCUUUUUUUUCUCAGAUUUUAUUCCUGCAGUUUUGGCACAAGAAAUCAUUAUGUUUGUACCACCCGUUCCAGUCUCUACUGCCAUAGAAAUCAUUUCGUCACAUAACUGUCGAUAUAUUUUAGUUGUAAUUGCUAUUUAGUUGAUUACCAUUAACAACAUGUAAAAUAAUAUUAAAAAUAAAGCUUCAUGAAAAUCUA